AUGCAAGCUCUGGUGCAAACGAAUGGCUUGUCCAAGGUGAAGGCACCCAAAAAGAAAGUUGUAGCAAUAUUAUGGGUUGAAACUGCAAGGGAAGUUAUGAUUGCCAAGCAUUUCUCCAUGCAUAAAGUUGCAUCAGAUACUUUUUUUGUUAGCAAACCCAUGAAAAGGAGAGCAAAAGAGCAUGCAUAUAAUCAUAAAUUGGUAGUGGCAAGCCCUGCUGACCUGGUUAAAGUGAGAAUGCAAGCAGAUGGCCGUAUGCUGAGCCAAGGUCUCCAACCCAGGCUUCGGAGGACUUUGGAAAGGAGUUCUCCCAAUGUCCAGAGAGCAUUUUUAGUGAACCUGGGAGAAUUGGCCUGCUAUGAUCAUGCAAAACGUUCUAUAAUCGAAAAUCAGAUCUUUAGUGACAAUAUUUAUGCCCACACUUUGGCCUCUAUUAUGUCAGGUCUUUCAGCAACUGUUUUGAGUUGUCCCGCAGAUGUAGUGAAGACAAGAAUGAUGAACCAACCAGUGAUCAAGGAAGUUUUUUCUCAUAGAGAGGUGACCGUGGAACACCAGUUAUGAUUCUAAUUCAUAAGCUUCAAACGUGGAUGCACUGCUCCUUGUGGUUAUUCAGAUCCUGGCGUCAUCAGAUAGAUUGAAGUUGUUCAGAUCGUGAGUUAUCAACCCAGACUCUUGUACAGGACAGGGCUAUGUAAGUGGCUGUGCAAAUAACCAUUUCUUUGUCUGAUCGACUAUUUAUCAAGUUAAAUGCAAUGUUUUCCUAUGAAAAGCUAACAAGGUUACAAUUUUACUUGGUUCAAAGAUGAAGACAACACACACACAUCCUGAUUACUUCAUUGUCUUUGAACAUCUUGUUGACAUUUUCCAUGCUGAUUGUGCUCUGGAUCUGGAGGAGAUAUGUCCCUGAUAAUUGGGUUGUGAUAGCUCAUUUCUUAGUUGGGCUGGAUUGAUUGGACAUGUGGUUAGUUAUUUACAAUGGUUGUUUACCAUUAAUAUUGGCCAACCCAAUAGCCUCAAAUGCUUGUCUACUCCUCUAUGCAUUCCUUCUACUUGUUC